CGCGGGACACUGGACACUGGACAACACACACUCACCAUGUCCUGUGAGGAGGAGAUCGCCAAGCUGAAGGAGCAGGUGACCUGUUCCCUGUGCAGCCUGUUCUUCAGGGAGCCGGUCACUCUGGGCUGCGGCCACACGUCGUGCAGAGAGUGUGUCAGCAAGCUUCAGGUGGGCAAGGAUGGCAAGAUCUCCUGCCCCACCUGCUCGGCCACCUGCCACCUGGUCGAGGUGGUGGACAACGAACUGGCCGCCAAGAUGGUGGAGACCCUGAAGAAGAUCCUGGAGCUGACCGAGGGCGAGCAGGACGACUGCGAGAAGCACAAGCUGCCCUUCACCGGCUUCUGCCUCGACCACAUGAGGCUGGUGUGUGACAAGAGCGCCAAGGAGCACCCGGACUGUCGAAACAUCCCGAUCAAGGAGGCGGCCGAGAGAUUCAAGGCAAAACUUCAGCAGACGUUGGAUUACCUGGAGAGUCAGGUGGCAGUGAAUGCUGGGCGCGAUGAGCAGAUGAACCUCAUUGACCUGAAGGAUCAGGGCGACACUGUUCGGGCCAAGAUCCAGCUGGCUUUCGACUCCUUGCGGAAGUUUCUGGAAAAGGAGGAGAAGGCCAUUUCGACGGAGGUGGAGACGCAAGAAGAGCAUUUCUUACAACAGCUGGAAGAAAGCAACGCACAAACUGGGGGAAAUCCAGUCACCCUCAGUCACCUCAUAGGAGAUAUUAGGCUGAAGUUAUCACAAGAGGACGUUCCCCUGCUGAAGAAUAUCGGCACCAUAUUUGACAGGUCUGGUCACCUUUUACGGAAGCCCAAGGAAUUGCCUCUGGAUCUAAGUCAAGGUGGAUUCAAUGUCCCUCUGCAGUACGCUGUUUGGAAACGGAUGUUUAAACACAUUAAACCAGUUCCCACCCUCCUGACUCUGGACCCGAAGACGGCCAACUCUCACCUCAUCCUGUCCCGGGACGGCACGGAGGUGCGUGUGGCGGACAAGCAGGAUGACAUCCCGGACAACCCGGAGCGGUUCAGCCGCUGGCUGAGUGUGCUGGGCUCGGAGGGAUUCACGGCGGGCAAGCAUUGCUGGGAGGUGGAGGUUGUGGAGAGCACCGUGUGGCAGGUUGGGGUGGCCAAGGCCUCCGUGCCAAGGAAGAGAGGCUUCGCCCCGUUCCACUGGCAGGAGAGCCGCAAGUUCUUCACGCCUGAACCUCAGGCUGGUGUGUGGGCACUGGCCCUACAGGAUGGGGAUUACACUGCCCUGACCUCACCCCCCAUCGAGCUGAGGCUGAAGGGAAGGCUGAGGAAGCUGGGGGUCUACCUGGACUAUGCUGCGGGCCAGGUAUCCUUCUACAAUGCUGACGACGUCUCCCAUCUCUACACCUUCACCGACAAGUUCAUCGAGGAGAUCUUUCCCUAUUUCUAUAUCGCCCACAAGGGGGACUCGCUGAGACUCACAACUCUGGGCAUCUGAAGAACAUCCCCCAUGAUGGUGACCCCUUCCUUGUCCCUCACCUAGCACCCAGGCCCGUACAUCCCACCCCGUCCGUCCGUCCGUCUGUCGUCGAGGUGAAGGCGAUAUUGUAACUCUGAAUAAAACACGAGUCAUGUGAAAGACGUUCUUUGUUUUUGAUCUGUGGAGAGAAUCAGAAUAAUCUGUCUAACCUUACCCGCUGCCUUGAGGAUAUAAAGUGUUGGAUGGCCCAGAACUUCCUCCAACUAAACGAGAGUAAGUCUGAGGUCAUCCUUCUCAGACUCAAUCAAAAUGAUAGCAGGCAGCCUUGGAAGCCUUACCCCACUGUUCAAACCUCACGUCAAAAACCUUGGCGUGAUAUUUGACUCAGCACUGAAAUUUGACAAACAAGUCAAUGCCGUGGUAAAAGCAAGUUCCUUUCAGCUUC